AUGGCAUCGCGGUUUCAGGAAGCUUCACUGGUUACUUCGCCAUCGUAUCCGAACGCCGUCGUUUGGUCCUCUGAAAAUUUGAUCGCCGUCGCAGCUGGCCACCUCGUCAUCAUCCUUAAUCCGGCAUUGCCUGGUGGACCUCGUGGAUUGAUCUCAAUCCCAAACGCCGAGCCUUAUCAGAUUGGCCUUGUUCGCUCACAAGAUAACACAAAAUGCGUUUCUCUAAGUGAAGAUGUGUUUGCAGAUUUGCUUAUUGGGGGACUCUUGCCUUCGAGUGUGAAGCGGGAAAGACAUCCCUGUGCCCGUUCUCUCUCAUGGUCGGACAUAGGAAUGUCUCCAAACCACGGGUGCUUAUUGGCUGUUUGCACAGCAGAAGGAAGGGUUAAGCUAUACCGACCUCCAUAUUCUGAUUUCUGUGCUGAGUGGAUAGAGAUUGUUGAUAUAACUGAUCUGCUUUAUGAGAACCUUUCAAGCAUGAACUUUGGAGAGUCCAACAAUCCUUCUACAUCAUUAUCUAAGGAUCAAGUGGAGCAACAUGAUCAUGAAGAGGAUGAAAGGAUUUCAACUCUGAAGGCGUGCAAGCGAAGAAGAACGAGAGGAGACAAAAUCAAAAUGCAUGAAAAGAGUGAUACAGAUCAAGCAUCAUGUUCCAAGCAAGACAGUCGUACGGUGCAAAAUGUACUUGAGAUUGAAGCAUAUGAACAGCCAAGCAAUGCCAAGUAUUGUCACUAUUUGCCUAAAGGUCCAAAAAAGUUCAGUCAAGAGAUAAAUCCAGAAACCUAUGUUGCUCGUGAGGCAUUAUUAUCCUCACUCUCCGUUGCCUGGUCCUCUCUACUAAGAUUCUCAUCAGAAGGUUCUUCUUGUGAGAAUAUGUUAAGAUUCUCUCUUUUGGCAAUUGGCUCAAAGUCCGGUAGUGUUUCCAUAUGGAAAGUUCAUGCACCAGAAUGCUAUCACAUUGAACGUGGCACUGUAACUCCCAACGUUGAACUUACUGCUAUAAUUCAGGCCCAUAGCUCAUGGGUUUCAACGAUGAGUUGGGGAAUUUUUGGCUGUGAUUCUUCAAAUCCGCAAGUGGUGUUGGCUACUGGGAGUUGCGAUGGUAGUGUAAAUAUUUGGAUGAGCAACAAAGAAGACUUGCAAAAAUCUGCUGAGGUCUACAAAUCAUCAUUUUUUCUGUUGAAACAGGUUGUAACGGUGAAUCUUGUUCCGGUUUCAACGCUUUCAUUUGUUGUGAACAAGCAUUCUAAUACAAUGCACUUAGCAAUUGGCAAAGGAUCUGGUUCCCUUGAAGUAUGGAAGAGUGACAUAUCUACCAGAAAGUUUGAACAAGUUGCUUCAGCUAAUGCUCAUGACCAAGUAGUUACAGGAUUAGCUUGGUCAUAUGAUGGCCGUUGUUUGUACAGUUGCAGUCAGGAUAAUUAUGUCCGGAACUGGAUUUUAAGUGAGAAUACCAUCUCUGAAGUGCCAAUUCCUGCAAACACAACUGGUCUGAGUAGCACGACUGAUCUUCCUGAUGAUUUCCUGUCAUGUCUUGGUGUUGCAUUGUCCCCCGGAAACCUCGCUGUUGCUUUGGUACGCAGUUUUAAUGCUGAACUCUUGAAUCCGAUGUACCAGGCCAGGUCGCAGAAGGCUGCUGUGGAAUUCAUCUGGAACGGUGCACAACAAUCCGGUGAGUCGGAAGAUUCUUCAGAGACGAUAACCGAAGCUAUUCUUGGUUUCUCCAAGAACGAAUUGGCAUACUGGGAAUUCAAUUUGCUCUGGUCGUUGAAAGAAUUUAAAGAUUUGAAUAAGCCUCUCGUUCUCUGGGAUAUGAUUGCUGCGAUGUUGGCGUUCAAACAAUCAAUGCCGGAGUUUGUUGAGUUGGUAAUCACCAAGUGGCUCUCUGUGUCAUACCUUGGUUUUCAUGCUGAUAUCCCCAUGGAAGAUCUCGUGCCAAAGAUCUACAAAAGCUUCUCUGAUGUUCCUUCCAGGCUGUUACACAUUCUCAAUGUAAUCUCCAGACGUGUGAUGUUAUCAGACCUCAAAACAGAGGAAAUAAACAGAAAGUUGCAAGGUCAGAGAACGAACAGCGAAGAAGAGAUUGAUCUGUGGCUCAAACUGCUUGAGGGAAGCGAAAGAGAACUCCGAGAAAGACUUGUUGGUCUCAGUUUCUCGGCUUAUCUAACCGCUGAGUCAUCUCUAGGUACUGGUUCGACUUCCACUGGGAAUUGGCGUCCAGCGGGAUUGUCUCAGUUGCAACAAUGGGUUGAGAUAGAUCACAACAUUGUCCAUAGUCAGCUCGAAACACUUUCAGCAGAAGUAAAAUCUAGUCUAACAAGAUCAACAAGCAGCUCAGAAACCGCUUUAGAGGAAGAGAAAUGUCCUUAUUGUGAGGCGCCAGUCUAUUUCCACUCACCAGAAGAAGCCUUCUGUGAAUCUCCACACCAAAACAAGAAGAACAGCAAAGACAGAGAGAGACGUGAUCAAGGCCACAAGCUUGAGAGGUGUUGUGUCUCAAUGCAGGUAUGCCCACCAGCUCCUUUAUGGUUCUGCAAAUGCUGCAAUCGGUUGACUUCAGAACUCGCGCCAGAGACCUUAUUCGCAUUGCCUUCGUUCCCAAAUGAUCUCAAGUCGCUUCCGGAAACUGCUCCUUCGAAACCAUUCUGCCUCUUCUGUGGAAUUCUCUUGCAGAGAAAGCAGCCUGAGUUUCUUCUCUCUGCUUCACCUGUGUGA